AACUUUGCCGAGGCCCAACGAGAUCCAGGCGCGCGCGCCGGAGGAAAUAUAGUCCCUGCCCGCGGGAGGCUGGCGCGGGAGGCGGCGGCGGCGGCUGGGCGGGCGCGCGCGGGGCUGCGCGGGGCUCCCGGCGCUGGGGGGGCCAUGCGCCGGGCCGCGCCGGCAGCCCGGGGACCCGGCGCAACUUGCCGGGCAGCCUGAGGAGUUGGGGCAGCCGAGGGCUCGGCGCCGCGGCGCCCGGAAGCCUGUCUUCCCCUUCGCCAGCCCCCUUCCCUUUCGGCCGUGGGGGAGGGGGCUCGUGUCCCCCCCAACCCAGCCCGGAGGCCGCGUCCGCCCGCGCCGGCUCUGGCCCCCGCGGAGCCGCGCAACUUCCCGGGAGCCCGGGCCAAAGUGAGCGCAAAGUGCUGCCCAAGUUGCCGGGAUGGAGCUGCAGAGCCGGCCCGAGGCGCUCGCCGUGGAACUCGCGCGCCACCAGAACGGCGACCUCAAGAAGCAGCUCCACGAAAGGCAGCCGCGGAUCGCCGCGCUCAGCGACAAACAAAUCGCGGGCAGAACCUCUCAUCUGUGCACAAGGGACCCAGCACGGGGCUUUGGGAACGAUCACUGCAGUGCCUGUCACGGGUCCUCAGGUCAGCUCCUUGCAGAGGUUGGCUGGGCAAGGAGCGGCAGUGCUACCUCAGGUUAGGCCAAAGACUCUGAUUCCAGACAGCCUCCCCGUUGCCCCGGGCCGGGACCGGCCACCCAAGCAGCCCCCAACAUUCCAGAAGGCCACCGUGGUCAGCGUCAAGAACCCCAGCCCAGCCCUCCCCACCGCCAACAACACUGUCAGCCAUGUGCCAGCGCCCGGCAGCCAGCCCCAGGCCCUCGCCGAGCCCGCGGCCCUCGCCUCUCCGCUGAGCAGUGCGGGGGUGGCCUACGCCAUCAUCUCCACCUCCCCCAGCAAUGCCACCGCCAUGGCGCCCAGCACCGCCGUGUCUGUGGUCAGUGACAGCAUCAAAGUCCAGCCCCUCCUCAUCAGUGCUGACAACAAGGUCAUCAUCAUUCAGCCUCAAGUGCAGACGCAGCCCGAGAGCACGGCAGAGUCGCGGCCGCCCACAGAGGAGCCAUCUCAGGGAGCUCAGGCCACCAAAAAGAAGAAGGAAGACCGGCCCCCGACCCAGGAGAACCCCGAGAAAAUCGCCUUCAUGGUAGCGCUAGGCCUGGUUACCACGGAACACUUGGAAGAAAUCCAGAGCAAGCGACAGGAGCGGAAGAGAAGAAGCACAGCCAACCCUGCCUACAGCGGCCUCCUGGAGACCGAGAGGAAACGGCUGGCCUCCAACUAUCUCAACAACCCCCUGUUCCUCACAGCGAGAGCCAAUGAGGACCCCUGCUGGAAGAACGAGAUCACCCACGAUGAGCACUGUGCCGCCUGCAAGCGAGGGGCCAACCUGCAGCCCUGCAGCACCUGCCGGGGGGCCUACCACCUCAGCUGCCUGGAGCCGCCCCUCAAGACGGCGCCCAAGGGCGUGUGGGUGUGCCCCAGGUGCCAGCAGAAGGCCUUAAAGAAAGACGAGGGUGUGCCCUGGACUGGGAUGCUGGCCAUCGUGCACUCUUAUGUCACCCACAAGACAGUCAAAGAAGAGGAGAAGCAGAAGCUGCUGCAACGAGGCAGUGAGCUGCAGAACGAGCACCAGCAGCUGGAGGAGCGGGACCGGCGGCUGGCAUCAGCAGUGCAGAAAUGCCUGGAGUUGAAGACAAGCCUGCUGGCCCGCCAGAGGGGCACCCAGUCAUCCCUGGACCGCCUGCGGGCCCUCCUGAGACUGAUACAGGGCGAGCAGCUGCUCCAGGUCACCAUGGGGACCACUAGCCCUGCCCCACUGCUGGCCGGGCCCUGGACCAAGCCCUCAGUGGCAGCCACACACCCCACCGUCCAGCACCCCCAGGGCCACAACUGACCCCCAAGGGACCAGUCUUCAUACCCACGGAAAGUUAUUGGGACCCUGCUUACACAGCCUGGGGGUUCUGUUGGCCUUAAUUCAUAAACACUAUGAAUUUCAGACAAAAAUUAACCAGACAGAGGAGAGGAGGGAGGAAGAGCUGGGCGAGAGGCCUAGAGCCAGGACCAGGUGGGGGUGCGGCCCUGUGCCCUCCAAAUUCACAGGGGGUACCUAGGAGCCAGGUGGGGUACGACAGGCUGGGGCACACAGUCCCCCCCCCGGCCACCUCGGGGCUGCCUGGGCCUCUGGCUUCCAGGCCCUGCUCUCCACGGCCUCCCUCUGGCCCGUUGGAGGGGCAGGCUGAGGCUGUGGAGGGGACAAGCACACCCCCCAGCACGCAGUCUCCACUGAGGGCACCGCCUAUUGGUGUCCUGUGGGAGGGCGAGCUGAGAACACAGGGACUAGCUGAGUGGUAGCGGUAGUUGGGACGAGAAGCGGGGUAGCGGAUCUAGGUAGUUCCUCAAUGCCCCACGCUCCUAGGAGGUCCACCUGGGGUGGGCGGGCGGGCCUGGGGCACUCCGUCGCCUUUGCAGAACCACCUGGGCCUCUUUCUGUCAGUAUUAUUAGGGUUACGAAUUGCAGCUGUUUAACUUGAAAGACACUGUCGGAGGUGAGCAUGUCUGGGCGCCGGGACGCUGCAGUGAUCCCCGCCAGAGCCUGUGCCCUUCCUGCUCCGUCUUUGGGGCCCUCAAGGCUGCCUCCUUCCUUUUGCCAAUCUCUUGGACUCAGUUUGCCGUUGAUGCGUUUUUCUCAUGGAGUUUCUGGGCAGAGUGGAGCUGCAACCCUGUUGGGGGGCGGCAUUUGGCAGGUUUUCUCUUUGGGGUUGAAUCAUUCAACUUAACGACCGAAGCCUUUUCUUGUCUCCUUUGGAAGAGCCGAUAAGUAUUCCACUCCUCCCUUCUUGCCAGUGCAGACACUAUGCCAAAAAAUAACUUCACACUUUUGUAUGGCGUUUUUAUUGUGAGAGAUUUAAUGUGAAUGGUGGGGGGUACUCUGGCUGACUUCCUUUCUGCUUCUAGUAGUCUGUGCUUCAAGGUACAAAUGGGAACACCUCCCCUCGGGAAGCCUGGCCAAGCUGGAAGAUCCAGCAGGUUUUUUAAGAGCCGGGUGGAGGGUUGGGGAGGAAAGAAAGGGCGGUGGCCUCGGGAGGUUCCGGCCUUCGGGGACCAGACUUGCUGCCAAGGGCUUCUGCAUCCAGGGUGGGCAGUGGCAGCUUGUCACCCUCGCCCGAUUCCCACAUCCCAGUCCUGAGGGACUCAGCACAACAGGAUAAGCGUCCAGGAGCCACGGGCUCCCACCCCGAGCAUAUCACAUGGUGCCGAAUUGCACUGAACACGCGUGUGUGCAUCGCACGCAGCCACGACCACAGACACGCAUGCACACACGCAGAGGUGCAGAGCGAGGAGGCCGGCAAAUCCCGCAGCUGCCACGGUCCCUCCUGUCAUUCUCACGACUCCGGGAGAAACUGUGCUGUAUGAUACAGAUCUAUUUUAAUACACUUACCACUGGGUGAACAAGAUUUUUAUAUUCUUUUAUUGAUGAACAAAGUGAACCGUGUGAGGCACACGUCUUCUAUAUUGGCUACUCUGUGCCAAGUAUGCAUUACCGCGUGGCUUGCGAUGUCCAUGUCUUCAGCUUCCUUUUCUGUUGGUUUGGUUUUCUUCGCGGAUGGAUUGAGUUACAUGUUUUAACAGUGUAAUGGGAGAAUCUGAAAGGUUGGACCCGGGAGGGGUAGCUGCCGAUGUGUCUUGAGAUUGUUAGUUUUUUUUUGGACCAAGGAGGACCGUCCAGUGGGUAGUGAGGAUAGAGAAAAAGUGUUUGUCUUAAAUACGCCAAUGUAGUUUUCCUUCUUUACAAUGUAUUAAACUCGAUCGAUGAUUUCAAA